GGCUGGCGUGGCUGUGAGAUGGUCAUCUUAGGAUGAGCAGAGGGGGUACAACACCCCCAUGCCCCUAGCAGGACAUAAACCACCUCAGGGUGGCACCUUUGAUGUCCCAAAUGAGCACCCACGAAUUGCAGGGCCAUACAAAGCAGCAAGUCAAGUGCUCCCAGAGCUAACGGACUGGGGCGGGGGUGGGGGGGUGGGCAGGGUGCUGUUCCCCCUAAAUCCAGCUUUGAAGCCAACAAAAGCACUAAGAGCCGGGAGGAGGCAGAUUCCAGCUUUGAUCCCUUUCGGGUCACCCCCCUUUCCCCCAGCUGCUGGGUGUGGAAACUUGACCCUCCGCCGCUUUCAUCCCUGCGUGGGUGGGAAAAGGGCCCUGGGAAAUGGUCCUGGAUGGGGCUGGGGGCAGGCAGGGGGGCCUCCAGCCCUGUCGGCCGGCGCAGGGGGUCUUAGCGUGGCUCCAGCGGGGAAUCCCCUGUUACAUACACCCGCAGGUGCUGUCCCUGCUCCAGCUGCCGUCCCCACGGGGGCUCGGGAUGGCGGGGGGGUGGCUCAGGCUGCCCCUGCCUCCCCCCAGCGCUUAAAGGCUCCCCUAGCCUGGUCGGAUCAGACAGCAAGGAGCAGCCAGAGGGGACGCAGCCGGUCCAGCCUGACCCGGUGGGGAGCCUGGGAUGAACGGCUCGGCACCGCUGCCCACGGGGCACCCCGGCGAGUGUGCGCCCAGCGACCCGGUGCAGUUCCUGCUGGUGCCAGCUGUCUACUGCCUGGUGCUGUGCGUGGGGCUGCCGGGCAACCUGGUGGCUUUGCUGGUAUUCCUGCAGAACGGCAAGGUGAAGAAGGCCAUCCGCAUCUACCUCAUCAACCUCACGCUGGCCGACAUCCUCUUCAACCUCACCCUGCCCCUCUGGAUCCCCUACUACCUGGCCGGGGGGGACUGGCUGCUCUCGGAGGCUGCGUGCCGCCUGGCCGGGGCCGCUUACUACCUGGCAACCUACAGCGCCGUCACCUUCAUGGCGCUCAUCAGCUUCAACCGGUUCUGCGCGGUGCGGGCGGCGCGGCGGGAGCUGCCGCUGACGGGGCGCCGAGGGGCCGCGCUGGCCUGCGCCCUGGCCUGGCUGCUGGGGCUGGGCUGCGCUGUGCCCACCCUGGCCACCCAGCAGACCUUCCCCGCGCGUGCCGGAGCCACCGCCUGCUUCGAGCAGCACGGCCGGCAGCGGGUGUACGCCUACGCCAUGGUGGGCUUCUUCGCCGCCGCCUUCCUGGUGGUGCUGGGCACCUACGCCUCCAUCGCCCGGGCGCUCUCGGUGCCCGCCGCUGCCUCGCCGGGCUCCCACCGGCAGCAGGCGCGUGCCAUGGUGCUGGGAAUGCUGCUGGUCUUCGUGGUCUGCGUGGCCCCCUACCACCUCACGCUGGCCCCCUGGGUGGGCAGCCAGCCCCCCGUGCCGCUCUGUGGGCCCCCCGCCACCCUGGACGUGCUGCACGCGCUGAGUGUGGCCCUGCUCAGCCUGAACAGCUGCCUCGACCCCCUUGUCUACUGCUUCUCCAUCCGGCGCUUCCGCGCCGACCUGGGACGGACCCUGCGCAAGAUCGGCCGCUGCCUCCCACUCUCCCCACCAGCCCCCGCUGCGCCCGUGCCCAGUGUCCGCACGUCCUCCUUCGCCUCCUCGUAGCAGGGUGGGCACUGGGGACCUGCCUCCCACUGCCCUGGUGCUGUAGUCGGGGUGGGACGGUGUCCCUGGUGCCAGGAUGAGGAUGGGGAGCAGCAUGGGGGGAGCUCUGGCUUCAUGCAGCUCCCACCCCCACUCCACUCUCUGUCCACCCCCACAUGCUCAUGGGCCCACAGUUUCCGUUCACACACAGAUCCUGCUCUCUGCAUUUGCAAGCACUGGGGGGGCUCGCUCUCGCCUGGGAUUAAAAAUGAG